CACUAUAAGAGCAGCCUGCGGCCUCCGCGAAAGCCUCACACACACCCAGCGACCUCCCUUCCAGCCCCCAAUUCUCUCCCAGUCCUCUCCCAAUCUAUUGUCCCGUCUCGCCAAAUUUCUGUCUGAUCGCCGCCGCCCAGACCCAACUUACCCCAUUGUCCAUCACGCUAUUGUUCUCCCUACAAAACCAGCGGUGAAGCAGCGCCUCUCCUCCUCCACACCCGCCUCGCACCCAAUUUCUGCCUCCACACGCUUCAAUCAUGGCCGCGCGACCCUCCAACAUCGGCAUCAAGGCCCUCGAGCUCUACUUCCCCAGCCAGUGCGUCGACCAAGCCGAGCUCGAGAAGUUCGAUGGCGUUAGCACCGGCAAGUACACCAUUGGCCUGGGGCAGACUAAGAUGAGCUUCUGCGACGACCGGGAAGACAUCUACUCUCUAGCCCUCACUGCCCUGUCCUCCCUCAUAAAGAAGUACAACAUCGACCUGAAGACCAUUGGCCGCCUCGAGGUCGGCACCGAGACGCUGCUUGACAAGUCGAAAUCCGUCAAGUCGGUGUUGAUGCAGCUUUUCGAGGAGUCUGGAAACUUCAACGUCGAGGGUGUUGAUACCGUGAAUGCCUGCUACGGCGGCACCAACGCGCUCUUCAACACUGUGAACUGGCUUGAGUCGUCUGCUUGGGACGGCCGGAACGCAAUUGUCAUUACUGGCGACAUUGCUCUGUACAAGAAGGGCAAUGCCCGCCCGACUGGCGGUGCUGGCUGUGUGGCCAUGCUCGUUGGCCCAGACGCCCCCAUUGUGAUGGAUGCAGGCAUCCGUGGCAGCUACAUCACGCACGCCUACGACUUCUACAAGCCCGAUUUUACCAGCGAGUACCCCAUCGUCGAUGGUCAAUUCUCCAUCCGCUGUUACACCGAGGCGGUUGACGCUUGCUACAAGGCGUACAAUGCCCGUGAAGCAGUUGUCAAGGGCCAGGCCAGCGGCCAUGCGAAUGGUAACACAGCAGACGGUACUCCUCUGGAUCGUUUCGACUACAUGUGCUUCCAUGCGCCAAACUGCAAGCUCGUGACCAAGUCGUACGCUCGUCUAUUGUACAACGACUACCUCGCCAACCCCUCCGACCCCAUCUUCGCCGAGGUUCCCAAGGAGAUUUCUGCUCUCGAUUACGCUGCCUCGGUGACUGACAAGGCCGUGGAGAAGGUCUUCAUGGGUCUCGCAAAGAAGAAGUUCGCCGCCCGCGUCCAGCCCGGCAUCCAAGUCCCCACCCAGUGCGGCAACAUGUACUGUGGUAGCGUCUACGGCAGCUUGUGCAGCUUGAUCGCCAAUAUUAGCAGCGAGGCCAUCCAGGGCAAGCGCAUUGGCAUGUUCAGCUACGGCAGCGGUCUUGCCAGCUCAUUGUUUUCAUUCAAGGUCAAUGGAUCUACAGAGGAAAUCUCAAAGGCGCUUGACAUCCAGAACCGCCUGGACUCACGACGUGUCGUCGCUCCUGAAGUGUACGAUGAGAUGUGCAACCUCCGCGCGAAGGCCCACCUUCAGAAAGACUACAAGCCAAAGGGCGCCACUGAUACCCUGUUCCCUGGUACAUACUACCUCACUGACGUCGAUGGCAUGUUCAGGCGCAAGUACGAGAUUGCGUAGAUUUCAAAUUUCUUUUCUUUUGCGAGCAUUUGCAAAAACGGAGUCUUGUCUUGAAAGACGUUAGAACCUCCUUAAGGGUGGCCCCAGUUCAGUUUGGGCAUUCAGGCGUAUUUAUGAGCAUCUCGAACAAUCAGCCUAGAUCUUGCAUGUAGUAAUCUUACAUCGUGUGUCGGCUUUGAUUUGGAAGGCUAUCUGAAAAACGAAGAUGAAAGUAGUAACGUCCGUCCCUGGGUGGCGCAACACCCACCGUGCCGCAACAUAUGAGGGGUACAUUGACUUCAAACAACUUAAGCUCUUUUGCACACAUCGAUAUAUCCCAUAAUUCUACAUAAGUUGUGUGCUGUAGCCAUCCUAU